CCAACUUGGAUGGGAUGGGGGAACGUUUUGUGGUGCAUAUCACUCCUCGACUCACAUUUAUAUUUGCAGCUACUUCUCGAUCUUAUCCAGCACCAACUUAAUCCACAGUUGACAGAAAGAAGUGAAGAAGGGAAUCUAAAACCAUGGAAGCUCGUUUCCUCACCUCAACUUCCUUUACCAAAACCAUACAACUUCUUCACUCAAACAAAUCUACGAUCCGGGUUCACCCUAAAGUAUAUGCUAAGCAAUUGAAGGGCAGAAAAGUUGGCCUGUUGUUUCCCGUAUCGUGUUGUCAUAUGGAGUCAUCGUCCUUGCCAUCUGAAGACAACAACACUGACUGGCGAUCCUUCAGAGCGAAAUUGGUAGCCGGAGAGCGAGCAUCAAGUUUCCAAGAGUCUACCUCAUAUGUUGAUCCAGAUGUCGUGGUGGAUGACCAUCCUCCACCCAUCUCAAUUGGUGACAAAUGGGCUCACUCUAUUCAUGAGCCUGAAAAGGGUUGCUUGCUCAUUGCUACUGAAAAGCUUGAUGGUGUCCACAUCUUUGAACGAACGGUGGUUCUGGUCUUGUCAAUGGGGCCCCUGGGACCAUCUGGGAUCAUUCUUAAUCGACCGUCACUUAUGUCCAUCAAGGAAACAAGGCCAACUAUGAUAGAUGUUGAGGGGACGUUCUCUGAUCGGCCAUUGUUCUUUGGUGGGCCACUUGAGGAGAGUUUGUUUUUGGUCAAUACUAAAGGGGGAAAUGAGGAUGGGGUGGAGAGGAGUGGGGUUUUUGAGGAAGUGAUAAAGGGCUUGUAUUAUGGAACAAAGGAGAGCGUGGGUUGUGCAGCUGAAAUGGUGAAGAGAAACGUAGUUGGGGUUGGGGACUUCAGGUUCUUUGAUGGGUAUUGUGGGUGGGAGAAAAAGCAACUUAGGGAUGAAAUCAGAGCUGGUUAUUGGAGAAUAGCAGCUUGUAGUCCAAGUGUGGUUGGGUUGGCCAGCGUUGGGAGUGUUGGGAUGUGGGAGGAGGUUCUUGGGCUUAUGGGCCCUAGAAAAGUUUGGUGAGACUUGAUCAAGAUUAUUUAUACUCUCUGUCACACCCUAAGAUAGGACUUAAGGAGAUGGGAGGGGUGUCGUGCUAGCGUUUACUAAACUAGGACAUUACUGGAAGCCUGUUUUAGCGUUUAAUAAAAUGGGAUGUGGAAAUUGGAAUGAUUUUUGCUUACAGAAAAAAGAAAGAAAUGUGGGAUAAAUUUAUAUGCAAAUUCAAAUCAAAGGGAUAUGAUUUUGCUGCAGAUAAUUAAAAAGGGCAUGUACGGUUCAAUAUACAAGUUAAUUUUAGAGCAUGUUGGGUAUUAUCAUUAUAUUUUUUCUUUUUUGUUUUAAUUUAUUGUAAUAAUUUAUUGAUUACAACAGUUAUUUCCCUUUGCA